CGCAGCAACACAUGAGAAUGCUAGCUGACAUGGGUUUGAUUGUGCAUGUUUUUAGUGUAAUGCAGCUCUCCGUCUCUUUGCUGAACAGCUUUUAAUAUCAACUGUUAAAUGGACUAGCAAGCGCCAUUUGAUUCUUGGCACCGGUUUUCCCCGGUUAUAGCGGUAAGCUGAGGAUCGUCAGUUCGCUAGCUGCGAAACAGUGUCUUGAGAACGGUCUGUUGACCUUGUAGGCCGCUCAGUCCUACCUUGUAAUACAUAAUUUGUGCUAACUAUUUUACACAAUUAACUUCCCAAAAUAUAAGUGUAAAAUACCGACAGUCAGAUAAUCUUUCCCUAACCUCUAUUGAGUUAGCGUUGCCAUUUAAAGUAAACAAACAUCUAUUCAAUUGGCUCGCCAAUGUCUGUCCGGGUGUCAGAGGAGGUCGUGAGAUGGGGCCUGCGCUUCUUCUUGUCGGCAAAAGCUAUCAAAUCCCCAUCUUUCCCCAAUCAGCAGUUGGCACACAUUCGAGGCUCAGUGGGAAGCCAGACAUGCCUGCUGGAUAUAAGUCCUGUCGGUUCGGUGAGGUUUUAUUCGCGGGGUCGGGUUCACAGCGAGGCCGUGGAGGAGAAGAAGCGUCUCUCUUCUCCAGUGGGAGACUCUGCGCUGUCCACUGAGACCCUUUUCGAUGAGGUGGGCUCGGGGCAGACCCAGAAGAGGUCACCUUUCUCGGAUCGCCUGCAGCCUUGUGGCUCCCCAUCCGACGUGCUCGACCUCACCUUGCAAUACUCGCCGAGCGUGCGAGAGGUCAGCAACUGCCUGACUCACAUGUGGUCCAUCACCAAGAAGUUGUCUGAUGAGCAGCGGCGCCUUGAGCUGCAGCUGAUGUUUGAGCAUCCUGCAUUCGACCAGUUCCUGCAAAAAGCCAUGAAGACAGUGGAGCACAUGCGCACCGACGACCUGGCCUAUUCUCUCCUGGCCAUGGUCAAACUGGGCGUUCCCCAAGGUAGCCGUGUGGUCCAGACUUUCCUCCGAUCCUGUCAGGAGAAACUGAAUGACUUCGAUGAGAAGGGCCUCUCCAUCCUGGCCUCCUGUCUGGAACAAAUGGAGGGCGGCACCAAUGUCGGUGCACUGAAGGAGGGCAUGAGGUUAGUAGUUGAGGACCGUCUUCCCGGGAUAAAGAAUGUAAUUUCUCUCCAGACCAUGAUGCGUCUGUUGGGGAAAGAUGUCCCACUGGACCUCAAGCGGAAAAUUGAGAGAAAGGCUCUAUCAAUGACCGACAAUUUCAGCCUUCCCAACACCCAGUACAUGAUCUCCACUAUGGCCGCGAUGGGCUUCUACUCCAAACCACUGCUGGAUAUCUGCAGCAAGACGAUUAGAGAAAACCUCAAUGGAAUCCCCUUCAACAGAUUGUUUAAAGUCCUGCAUUCCUGUCGGGAGCUGCAAUACAGAGACUUAGAUCUGCUCACGGACGUUUCAGAAUACGUCGCCUCUAUAUUAGACGUAUGGACCCAAAAACAGGUGGUCCUCUUCCUGUCCGUGUUUGAGGGCCUCGCCUUCUGUCCCGCCCCCUUAAUGGAGGCGUUUGUGAAGAAGGUGAUCGCCGAUCCUGCCGCUCUGACCCUGAAAGACCUCCUCUGUGUCCUCAAGGUGUACUCCUCUCUGAACUAUGACCUGCAGCAGCAAAGACGGGAGUUCCUGGAGAGUCUGAGUCAGGCUCUGGACUCCUAUCUGCCUAAGAUGUCCGGGUUUGAGUUGUUAAAGGCUGUAUAUUAUUUUUCUCUCCUGGGCCACUUCCCCUCUGCACCACUGGAGCAACUUCUGCAGACCAGUACACUGGAGAAGUUAAACUUGACAGCACCCAGGUUUCUCCCGAACCAGGAGAGGAUGUUUCAGACGGUGAACUUGUGCCUCGCUCUUGAGCGUCCUCCGCUCCCUGAGCCCGUGGCGGUGCCCCCGUCUCUCCUGGGAGACCCCUUCCCCAGCAGUCUACCCGUCAACCCGUGGCUCUCGCAGGGCCUGCAGAGUGUGUUGGCGGACCGGGCGGACACAACGCUGCAGGAGAUGGUGGUGGUGGAGAACUUCUACCUCAUCGAUGGUGUGAUAACCAGACCUCCGCCAAGCCAAACCUCUGUGACUGAAGCCAGCCGUUGUGCAGGAGAAGAGCGUCCUCCAGCGGAGAGCGGUCAAAGAAUUGCAGUAAUUUCCACACCACUCUCUGGUCUUUGCUUCGGCACGUCCCAUCCCCGCGGCACUCUGGCUGUCAAGAUUCGCCAUCUGAAAAUCCUGGGAUAUGAGCCUGUCCUGAUAACCGAGCAGGAGCUGCAGUCCGAGGAAAAGAGGACGGACUUCCUCCGGGGACGGAUUUUUCCAGAAUACCUCAGCUCAGACGCGGAACCCAUCGGGAGCAACGGGGAUCUUGAGGACGGACGGCGAGAGCCACAUCUUGUUCAGAGGUCUGAGCCCGUGCAAUCAUGAACACACAUAUUUAGUGGUGUUAUUCAAAGCCUUGUAAACAGUUAAGAAGGAAUUGAAGUAUUUAAAUAAACUUCAUCUGGAUAAAUUUG